GGAAGGGCCUUUCAACUUCCGCAUGCUGAUCGGUGGGUGGUGUACGUGACAGAUCCCCAACUCGUCAAAGAGAUUUCUACGAUUCCACCUAAUCGCCUUUCUCUUCUUGAGGCUUCAAAUGACAUGCUUCAAGCACCCUAUACUGGAAUCCAUCAAGAGCAACAGAUCAUUGAUAUCAUCAAAUACCGCCUCGUCCGAAGUUGGACCUCUAUCGUGCCAACGGUAUAUGAAGAGGCUGCGGAAGCCCUCUCUCAAUAUAUCCCCUCCACAACAGGUGCUUUGCUAAUCAAUUAUCUCUUAUGCCUGCUAAUAUGUCGGCGAUCUCCAGAAUGGACAGCAGUUCCUGCUUUUGCUACAGUGUCAGAUGUAACUUCUCGUAUUGCUGCUCGCAUGUUCGUCGGCCUCCCAAAAGCUCACGACAUGGAAUAUACCCGUUUAUCCGCUGAGUGGGCACACGGUGUGAUCAACGCUGGCGUUGUUCUAAAUAUGUUUCCCAAGAUACUAAGACCCCUCGUAUGCUGGAUACAUAACCCGCCAGCUCACACGCUAAAGCUCGUUUUCAAAAACAUUGCUUCUCUGAUCGAAGAGCGCAAGAGCCUCCUGGCGACAAAAGACUUGGAAAAGAGCGACAGACAUAAUGACCUUCUGUCUUGGCUUAUUCAGGGGGACACGGCAAAUGCAAUGGAUCCACUCUUGAUUACCCGAAAACUCCUAUCAGUUAAUUUUGCUACCAUCCAUACCUUGUCAAGCGUCGGAACACAUGUCCUUUACUACCUCGCUGCGCAUCCAGAGUAUGUCGAACCAUUAAGAGCAGAGAUAACUAGCGCACUAGGGCAAGGACACGGAAUAAAACAUGCACUCGACCAUAUGUACACGUUAGAAAGCUUCUUAAAGGAAUCUUUACGUUUUAAUUUUAUAGUAUCUAUGCUUCGCAAAGCAAUUCAACCUAUCACGCUAUCUGAUGGAUCUCAUCUUCCAAUCGGGACUCUACUGAUGGUGUCCCCUCUGCCUGUACACAUGAGCUCAGAAUUGUACGAGGAUGCAGAAGUAUUUGAUGGUUUCCGGUUCCACAAAGCAGAGUCCCAAUCGCCAAACCAGAUGGCUAUUCCCUCUCUUGACUAUUUCCCUUUUGGAUAUGGCUCACUUGCGUGCCCUGGGCGUCUCAUAGCUGUCAGCUUACUCAAAGUAUUGUUAACACACAUAUUAUUAGGCUAUGACAUCAAGUUACAAGGCGACACACGGCCCGCUGAUAAAUGGAUAGGCACACUCUGCUUUCCUAACGACUUGGCUAAGAUAUUUUUUAGAAAACGUGUUAAACAGUGA